UUUUUUAAAAUAUGUAGAGACACCAGCCCUAUUCAGUCAUUAUAAAAAUGGUUAGAGAGUGUAACUGGGGGGCGGAAGUGGGGUGUUCUGGAUCCAUCUGAGUGAAUAGCUUUAUUACGAUCAUAGAUCAGACAUAAACACAACAAAUUAUACAACACUCAGAUAAGAAAUCUGCCAUACAAUACACCAACAAAGUAAACGUUUUAUGGUAAGCUCUAAAGGGUAGAAAUUAAUUGUUGGCGGAUGGUAACAGCGGCUGCACAGAAUUUAGCAACCUUUUGUGUGAUAGAAGAUUUCUUGUCUGCAAGGAGAAGUGUGACGUAAAAUUCAUCUGUUCGGUAACGAAUAACAAGGAAGUAAUAAGACUACAUCGACUGACAUUAUAAAAGGAACAAUAUAGCAGCACGUGGUGGACAGAUUUAAUCUCCCCCGAACCACAAGGACAGAUCUGACUGGCCUGGGGAGUUUUCAGAAAUUUCCCAUUUAAAACUGCCAAUGGCUACCAUCUCACCUUCCAGGGCCGUUAAGCCACAUUCAGGCCACGUUUCUGUGGCUCUCUCAGUGGCAGUGAGGAAACUGGAGGACAUCGCUCAGGUGCCCAGAGCGAGGUACAUCGUUAUGUUUAUCUUCACAACAACCAUGUGAGCCAUGCCAAGGAGACUGCCAAAGAAGACAAGCCCCUGCUGAAGAAAGCUUUCCUUCCCAAGUCCCCAGGGAUGGAGAGAUGCCAGAUGAGUGAGGUGGCCAACGCCUCUAAGUGUGGAUCUGGUGCAGUGCCCAUGGAGUGCUACAUGGUCUUCAAUGCUACGCACCAGAAGGUCAUCAUUGCGGUGCUCUGCUCCAUCGCUGGGAGCCUUUGCCUCCUGGAGAACUCCUUGGUGCUGUACCUUAUAUUUUCUUCCCCAAAGAUCUGGAGGAAACCUUCCUACCUCUUCAUCAGCAGCCUGGCCUUGGCAGAUAUCCUGGCCAGCGUUAUAUUUGCCUGUAGCUUCAUUAACUUCCAUGUUUUCAAGGGGACUGAUUCCUCGAAGGAAGUCUUCUUGCUGAAGCUUGGAGGGGUGACCACGUCUUUCACGGCUUCCCUCGGCAGCCUGCUGCUGAUGGCCUUUGACCGGUACAUUUGCAUUCUCAGGCCAUCGGAGUACAAGAUCCUUGUAACAAGAAGAAGAGCCCUUGCUGCUCUGGUGGUGCUGUGGGCCACCGUGAUGCUCGCUGCUGCCUUGCCUCUCCUGGGGUGGAACUGCUGUCGCCUCAACUCCACUUGUUCGGAACUGUUUCCUUUUGUUGACAACAGAUAUCUCUCCAGCUGGAUUGGCUUGGUGGCGAUCCUUCUGGUGUCCAUCGUGUACGCCUACAUGCAUAUCCUCUGGAAGGCCCACAAGCAUGCCGUGUACAUGGAGAGGCACCAUAUCCAGCUCGGCCAGAAGAACGCCAAGAUGAGAAUGGACGUUGCCCUGGCAAAGACCCUGGUGAUUGUCCUGGCGGUCCUCGGCUUCUGCUGGUCACCAGCUCUGGCUCUCAUGGCCUACAGCAUCUUUGCCAAACUGGACGACUACAUCAAGAAGGUCUUUGCCUUCUGCAGCACCCUCUGCCUGGUGAACUCUAUGGUCAACCCGGCGGUCUAUGCUCUACGCAGCAGGGAGCUGCGUUCCUCUCUGAGGAAACUCUGCUCCUGCUUCAGAAAGACGUCAGCCGUUUCCGACAGCAACCCAGAACCAGAGAGCACUCAGAAGUCCUGCCCGAUAGAAACCAUUGAUGAUGUCACUGGCAACACUGAGACGGAGUUGGGGAAGCUCUGAGAGCCAGAUGCACACACACAAAAUGUGUUUUCUUCUUAUUUGAGGAGACACCAAAACCUAAUUUCUAAAGCCUCAAUUUCACCAUUGUGGACAUGGCAAAGCAGAACAUAAGAGCAGCCCUGCUGGAUCAGGCCCAGGGCCUAUCUAGUCCAACACCCUGUUUCCCACAGUGGCCCACCAGAUUCCUCUGGGAAGCCCCCUAGCAGGAGAUGAAGGCAUGCCCUCUCUCCUGCCAUUGCUCCCCUGGAUCUGGAAUUUAGAGGGAUCCUGCCUCUGAGCCUGGAAGUAGCCCAUAGUAAGCAAGACUGGUAGCCACCAAUAGACCUUUCCUCCAUGAAUUUGUCUAAGCCCCUUUUAAAGCCAUCCAAACUGGUGGCCAAUUAAUUUCCCAGUCUGUGAGCUAGAAGCAGUAAAGAAGACAAAGAAGCAAUUCAGAGAAACCACCAGCUUGCCAGCAAUGGGAUUAAAGGACACCACAUCAGGCUAUGUUUCAGCAUUUCCAAUACAGGUCUAUGGCCUGGCUCACACAAUCAUUCGAAGCGAGAUUUAAUUUCGGUUACCAAUAUUAGAAUGAUUGUGCAAAUCCAUGCACAGGCAGGAAUCUCAGAUUCAUCUUGGGCCAUGCUUUAUGCUGUAAAUUCCAGACUUCGGUAGUGGGUGGUAUACAAAUAUAUUAAAGAAAGAAAGAAAGAAAGAAAGAAAGAAAGAAAGAAAGAAAGAAAGAAAGAAAGAAAGAAAGAAAGAAAGAAAGCACCUUGGCAUGGGUUCGCACAACCACAUUAAUGUCGUUCACCCACAUUAAACCUAGAUUUGAACGACUGUGUGAACCACGCCUGUGUGAAGCCCUAUAAGUAGGCAAAGAGGUGCCUUUCAAAGUGGUGAUUCUCUCCUAUUUAGCAGGGGGAGAGCAAAUGACCUUCAGCAAUAGAUCCCUCCAGUGGUUGUUGCUGGUGUCUCUCUUGUGUUUCUUCUUAGACUGUGAGCUCCUUUGGGGACAGGGAACCAAAAGGGGCUCCAAACCACCUUAGAUUAUUAUUAUUCUAUGCAGGUAAACUACUUUGAGAAUUGAAAAGUGGUAUAUAAACAGCAGUAUGUGUGGAUGGUAAAAGCAAGGAAGGAGCAUCCUUACUCCAUCCCAAUACAAACAUGGUGGACCAGGAUUUGACUUGUGAUCCUGGCAGCAUGUAUGCUACCAUUCUGCGAGAGCACAGAAGAAGUGCAGAAUUCAGUACUUAGGAAGCUAAUCUGGGUGAAAAGAAAAACAGAAAUAAAUACGAAGUGCAAAAUGUUGCUUCCUUACCAUUUGAUCUUUCUUCCUAAGCACAUUUCUAUCAGCUGCAAAAAAUACCCCAUGCUUUGCACAUGUGAACAAUUCUUAGUCAAUAAUAUCUCAAAAGCCAGAGAAGGAUGAAUCCAAUUUCCAAUGACUGGAGGAGAGCUUUGGGGCCCAGCAUAGUUCCUUGCCCACUACUGCUAUGACCAUAGGAACAGAGGAAGCUGCCAUAUACUGAAUCAGACCAUUGGUCCAUCUAGCUCAGUAUUUUCUACACAGACUGGCAGCAUCUUCUCCAAGGCUGCAGGCAGGAAUCUUUCUCAGCCCUAUCUUGGAGAUGCUGCCAGGGAGGGAACCUGGAACCUAGAUGCUCUUCCCAGAGCAGCUCCAUCCCCUAAGACAGGGGUGGGGAAC